AAGAAACCAAGUUCUGUAUAGCAUUAUUAAGCAAUUUUUUUUUGUUUCGUUCGAUUCAAGUCUAUAAAGAAGAAACAAUGAAUGCAAAAUACAUAAUAUUUAUAUGUUUUGCAAUGAAUUACUUAGUAAUUCUAAGUGUUGCCAAUGGCGAUAAGGAGAAAGAGCUUUCGAGAUUUUAUCCGCUAACACUAAACGUGUACAACGAAUUAAGAAAGUUUUUCAUACUUGGUUCUGGAGAGAAUCUUUCUGUGCAUGCAUUACACGUGCUUUGGAGUGACACAGGUUAUAUUAUAGAAAAGUAUUUAUCUCCAGCGGAUAUUGCCACUAUAAAAGAAAAAGGCAUAAGUGUAGAACACUUUGGGAAAAUUAACUGGGAAGUUUGUAAAAGCAAUGUCCAAGACUAUGAACCAUGUAUGAAUCAACGGUUAUCGUUUAUGCAGAACCUAAAUCAAAAGAUGAUAGAGGCUAAUAAUCAUGUUAUAUGCCAAACGCUUAUACAAUCCGUUUUCGAUGAAUUAGUAGAGUUCCUAGAUGAUCCUACACUUAAGAAAAUUGGUGUGCAUGAAUUAAACUUGCUUUGGCAUGAUUUUGGUGUCACUAUGAGAGCUAAUUUCACACCCGAUGAAUUGACACGAAUGAAUCGAGAUCGCAUAGAUGUAAAAAAAUUUGAGGAAAUCACCAGGAAGACUUGCAAAACAAACUAUGUAACAUUCAUGGUUCAACGGUUUUUGUUUUUACAUGCCGUAAACAAACCAUUAUAUAAGGCUGCAAGAUUGUAA